UUAAUUCGUAGGACUAGAGGAGCAGAGGUCCAGCUCCCCCCUCCAUAGCCGAGGUCCGGGACAGGCCGGCCUAUCGGUCCUUGUUCCUCCUGUUGGGUAUUUUCCACGCUCCAUCAUGUUGAGGGCUAAGACUCGGCUUUUUUUGCUUUCACCUCAUCACCUGAAGCAACUGAAAAAGUCAUCAGGCUCCAGGCUUGUAUGGCAGCGACUUCUGCAUCAGCAACAGCCUCUUCACCCAGAAUGGGCUGCCCUGGCUAAAAAGCAGCUGAAAGGCAAAAAUCCAGAAGAACUAAUAUGGCACACCCCAGAAGGGAUCUCCAUAAAGCCCUUAUAUUCCAGCAGGGAUACCAAGGACUUCCCUGAAGAACUUCCAGGAGUGAAGCCGUUCACACGCGGACCAUAUCCCACCAUGUAUACCUUUAGGCCCUGGACCAUCCGCCAGUAUGCUGGUUUCAGUACUGUGGAAGAGAGCAAUAAGUUCUAUAAGGACAAUAUUAAGGCUGGUCAACAAGGAUUAUCAGUUGCCUUCGAUCUGGCAACACAUCGUGGCUAUGAUUCAGACAACCCUCGAGUUCGUGGUGAUGUUGGAAUGGCUGGCGUUGCUAUUGACACUGUGGAAGAUACCAAGAUUCUUUUUGAUGGAAUUCCUUUAGAAAAAAUGUCAGUUUCCAUGACCAUGAAUGGAGCAGUUAUUCCAGUUCUUGCCACUUUUAUAGUAUCUGGGGAAGAGCAAGGCGUACCUAAAGAGAAACUUACUGGUACAAUCCAAAAUGAUAUACUGAAAGAGUUUAUGGUCAGAAAUACUUAUAUUUUUCCUCCAGAACCAUCCAUGAAAAUUAUUGCUGACAUCUUCCAAUAUACAGCAAAGCACAUGCCAAAAUUUAAUUCAAUUUCAAUUAGUGGAUACCAUAUGCAGGAAGCAGGAGCCGAUGCCAUUCUGGAGCUGGCCUAUACUAUUGCAGAUGGAUUGGAAUACUGUAGAACUGGACUCCAAGCUGGCCUGACAAUUGAUGAGUUUGCACCAAGGUUGUCUUUCUUCUGGGGAAUUGGGAUGAACUUUUAUAUGGAAAUAGCAAAAAUGAGAGCUGGGAGAAGACUCUGGGCCCAUUUAAUAGAGAAGAUGUUUCGGCCUAAAAACUCUAAAUCUCUUCUUCUAAGAGCACAUUGUCAGACAUCAGGAUGGUCACUUACUGAGCAAGAUCCUUAUAAUAACAUCAUUCGUACUACAGUAGAAGCAAUGGCAGCGGUGUUUGGAGGAACUCAGUCUUUGCACACAAAUUCUUUUGAUGAAGCCCUGGGUUUGCCAACGGUGAAAAGUGCUAGAAUUGCCAGGAACACACAAAUCAUUAUUCAAGAAGAAUCUGGGAUUCCCAAAGUGGCCGAUCCUUGGGGAGGUUCAUAUAUGAUGGAAUCACUCACAAACGACGUUUAUGAUGCUGCCUUGAAGCUCAUUAAUGAAAUUGAAGAGAUGGGUGGAAUGGCCAAAGCUGUGGCAGAGGGAAUACCUAAACUUCGAAUUGAAGAAUGUGCUGCCCGAAGACAAGCUAGAAUAGAUUCUGGUUCUGAAGUAAUUGUUGGAGUAAAUAAAUACCAGUUGGAAAAAGAAGAAUCUGUGGAGGUUUUGGCAAUUGAUAAUACUUCAGUGCGCAACAAGCAGAUUGAAAAACUUAAGAAGGUCAAUCCAGCAGGGAUCAAGCUUUGGGAACGGUGCCUCACUGCCCUCACUGCCUGUGCUGCCAGUGGAGAUGGGAAUAUUCUUGCUCUUGCAGUAGAGGCAACUCGUGCAAGAUGUACAGUUGGAGAAAUCACAGAUGCCAUGAAAAAGGUAUUUGGUGAACAUAAAGCUAAUGAUCGUAUGGUGAGUGGAGCCUAUCGCCAGGAAUUUGGAGAAAGUAAAGAGAUAUCAUUUGCUAUCAAGAGGGUUCAUAAGUUCAUGGAACGUGAAGGUCGCAGACCUCGUCUUCUUGUGGCAAAAAUGGGACAAGAUGGACAUGACAGAGGAGCAAAAGUUAUUGCUACAGGAUUUGCCGAUCUUGGUUUCGAUGUGGAUAUUGGUCCUCUUUUUCAGACUCCCCGGGAAGUGGCCCAACAGGCUGUGGAUGCAGAUGUGCAUGCAGUGGGUGUGAGCACACUUGCUGCGGGGCAUAAAACCCUGGUUCCCGAGCUCAUCAAGGAACUCAGCACCCUCGGACGGCCAGAUAUUCUCGUCAUUUGUGGAGGGGUGAUACCACCACAGGAUUAUGAAUUCUUAUUUGAAGUCGGCGUUUCCAAUGUGUUUGGUCCUGGGACUCGAAUUCCAAAGGCUGCUGUUCAAGUGCUUAAUGACAUUGAGAAGUGUUUGGAAAAGAAGCAGCAAUCUAUGUAACAUCCUGUCUUUGUUUUUGCUUUUUUCAAAAAUAUUCUUUCAAUUAUGAUCAAAGAAGAAAGUGAAGCUAUGUCUGCAAAUUAUUCAGCACUUGAUAUGUGCUUUCCUGAAAGCUUUACAUUAAAAUACUUGACUUAUAAGACUGUUGUCAUGCUAUAAGUAUAUAUGUAUAGUUCCAUUUUAAUUUUAAAAAUCAAAAAAAUUAUCCUUAAAACUCUAUAACAUAUGCUCAAUACUUUAUGAGAAACUCUAGACAAAGUUAUUUUUUUAAUUAUGAUAUUUAUUUGAAAUAUUUCUUAUAAAUCUAUUUACUAUUUUAAGAAUGUCUUAAGACUAUCUUUCGGAGUUCCCAUCGUGGCUCAGCACUUAACGAACCUGACUAGCAUCCAUGAGGACUCGGGUUUGAUCCCUGGCCUCACUCUGUGGGUUAAGGAUCUGGCAUUGUCGUGAGCUGUGGUGUAGGUUGCAGACGUGGCUCGGAUCCAGUGUUGCUGUGACUCUGGUGUAGGCUGGGAACUACAGCUCCGGUUGGACCCCUAGCCUGGGAACCUUCAUGUGCUGCAAGUAUGGCCCUAAAAAGAC